AGGGGCUCGGGCUGGGCCCCUCGGCAGAGCCCCGCGCGGCCAGGCCCCGCCCCGGCUCGCACAUCUGGCCGGCGAGUGUGGCCAUCCGGCCUGGGGGAGGGUGCAGAGACCGGCCUGGCGCACGUCGAGGGCCACAGCGCGCUCUGCCUCGGGCUCUGAGUGAGCACCCAGGCGGCCAGAUCCGGAGAAGCUGUCUGCAGGGCGGAGCUACAGAGACGGCGAGGAUGCUGACCGUCCCGGAGAUGGGCCUGCAAGGGCUGUAUAUCAGCUCUAGCCCAGAGAGAUCCCCAGUGCCCAGCCCACCCGGCUCCCCAAGGACACAGGAAAGCUGUGGCAUCGCCCCCCUCACACCUUCACAGUCUCCAAAGCCAGAGGCCCGAGCUCCACAGCAGGCUUCCUUCUCUGUGGUUGUAGCCAUCGACUUUGGGACCACGUCCAGUGGCUAUGCCUUCAGCUUUGCUAGUGACCCCGAGGCCAUCCACAUGAUGAGGAAAUGGGAGGGAGGGGACCCAGGCGUGGCCCACCAGAAGACCCCCACCUGCCUGCUGCUGACCCCAGAGGGCAUCUUUCACAGUUUCGGCUACACUGCCCGUGACUACUACCAUGACCUAGACCCUGAGGAGGCUCGGGACUGGCUCUACUUUGAGAAGUUUAAGAUGAAGAUCCACAGUGCCACCGAUCUUACCUUGAAGACCCAGCUGGAGGCAGUAAAUGGCAAGAAGAUGCUGGCUCUGGAGGUGUUUGCCCAUGCCCUCCGCUUCUUCAAGGAGCAUGCCCUUCAGGAGCUGAGAGAACAGAGCCAGUGCGUGCUUGAGAACACGGUGCGCUGGGUGCUGACGGUGCCUGCCAUCUGGAAACAGCCGGCUAAGCAGUUCAUGAGGGAGGCCGCCUACCUGGCUGGCCUAGUGUCCCGAGAGGAUGCAGAAAAACUACUCAUUGCCCUGGAGCCCGAGGCUGCCUCCGUCUACUGUCGAAAACUUCGCCUGCACCAGCUCAUGGACCUGAGUAGCCGGACUGCAGGUGGUGGGCGCCUGGGUGAGCGCCGGUCCAUUGACUCCAGCUUUCGACAUGCCCGGGAGCAGCUGCGCAGGUCUCGACACAGCCGAACGUUCCUGGUGGAGUCUGGCGUGGGGGAACUGUGGGCAGAGAUGCAAGAAGGAGACCGCUACAUGGUGGCAGACUGCGGGGGUGGCACUGUGGACCUGACCGUGCACCAGCUGGAGCAGCCCCAUGGCACCCUAAAGGAGCUCUACAAGGCUUCUGGCGGCCCUUACGGUGCGGUAGGGGUGGACUUGGCCUUUGAGCAGCUGCUCUGCCGAAUAUUCGGGGAGGACUUCAUCGCCAAAUUCAAAAGGCAGCGGCCAGCAGCUUGGGUGGAUCUGACCAUUGCCUUCGAGGCCCGCAAACGCACAGCAGCCCCGCACCGUGCCGGGGCGCUCAACAUCUCGCUUCCCUUCUCUUUCAUUGACUUCUACCGCAAACAACGAGGCCACAAUGUGGAGACAGCCCUGCGCAGGAGCAGCGUGAACUUUGUGAAGUGGUCCUCCCAGGGGAUGCUCCGGAUGUCCUGCGAGGCUAUGAACGAGCUGUUUCAGCCCACGGUCAGCGGGAUCAUCCAACACAUAGAGAUGCUGCUCGCCAAGCCUGAGGUACAGGGCGUAAAGUUGCUCUUCCUGGUGGGAGGCUUUGCGGAGUCCGCGGUGCUACAGCACGCGGUGCAGGCAGCGCUGGGCUCCCGGGGCCUGCGCGUCGUGGUCCCUCACGACGUGGGCCUCACCAUCCUCAAAGGAGCAGUGCUCUUCGGCCAGGCACCGGGCGUGGUGCGGGUGCGCCGCUCCCCUCUCACGUACGGCGUGGGCGUGCUCAACCGUUUUGUGCCCGGCCACCACCCUCCGGAGAAAUUGCUGGUUCGCGAUGGGCGCCGCUGGUGCACAGACGUCUUCGAGCGCUUCGUGGCCGCGGAGCAGUCGGUAGCCCUGGGAGAGGAGGUGCGGCGCAGCUACUGUCCUGCCCGGCCCGGCCAGCGGCGUGUGCUCAUCAACCUGUACUGCUGCGCUGCCGAGGACGCGCGCUUCAUCACUGACCCUGGUGUUCGCAAGUGUGGGGCUCUCAGCCUGGAGCUCGAGCCUGAAGGCUGCCCGGAAAACGCAGGCACGUCCCCCAGCCGCCGCGAGAUCCGUGCUGCCAUGCAGUUCGGCGAUACCGAGAUCAAGGUCACUGCUGUGGAUGUCAGCACCAAUCGCUCUGUGCGGGCAGCCAUCGACUUUCUUUCCAACUGAGGACGCACCCUUCGGCGGGGACACAGAACAUGCUGGUUUUCACAGCAGAGCCCCUUUCUCCCUACCCUGAGGGAAAUGUGGUGAGGACGCAUGGAGACUCGCUUUGGGGUUGUGCCUUGAUCUGCUGAGCGGAACACUAAAAGGUUGCCUUACCCCAAGAGGCGAGGUGCUAUAAGAAGUUUGCUAAGUGAGCCUGGCUUGGCAAGUGUGUGACCAUGAAGACAGACUGCAACAGAGGACCAAACACUGGCCUGAACUUGAGAGUUGAGGGGAAGGGUCAGCAGAGCUGCGGAGCCGCGGGAGGUGCAGAACCUGGGCCUCAAUGUUUAAGUCCACAAACUGCUGAGCUCAAGCCACAGCAAGUCAGAGAUCAAUCUCAUGCAGGGUUGGGGUUUGAGCCCAUGCUAGAGGGACAGAUGUGAUAGAGCCUUCCUAGAUGUGUGACUGUUAAUGGCAGAGCAGCUGCUGACAGGUGAGGAGAGUACAUUGUCACAGAAGGUAAUUUGGAGGAGAGGUAGACAAAAGACCCACAGGAAGGCUAUAAAUGACAUCUGCCCCCAGACCAGCCACAGGGCAGAGUUCACUGUAGUGAAGGGUAGGGGUGUCACAGCUCUGCCACAUAUCAGUAUCUGAUAAACCAUGGGCCUCAGUUUCUCCUAGUGUGAAGCAAUCAAGGCACUUCCUACCAACCAUGGCACAGGACAGCUUUCCCUGAGAACUUCCUAGGGUGAACAUAAAGCAUGUGAGGUGAAGAAUAGAACAGCCAGAGCGGGGACCCCGUAAGUGGGAACAGUAUAUGAGGCACAAGUACUAGAGAGAAGGGAAGCGGUUUUCAGCCGCACAGUUGAAAGGGACUUGGAGCCCCUGAAGAGUGCUCAAUGUCCUCGGCACCUCCCACUCAGUUUAAGCAAGCAGUCCCAGGCCUAAAAGGCCUCCAUGCCCUCAGGGCGCGGGUGCUGCAGCGCCUCGCAGUUCCCCUCCCUCCCGAUGAGUUGGCCCAUCUGUGAAGGAGAAGGUGGUCCACCAAACCCAGAGAACACAAAGCCCCCACUGACCUCUGAUUAUCUACUGGAAUUUUUAUUUAUUGAGGUCUCUAUCCCAACCAGUCAUUUAAAAACCAAGUACCACAGACCUGAGGGGUAGGAGCUAGGAACUGUACCUCCUCACCACAUCAACAGCAGUGGGGAAGGAAGAUGGAGGGGCAGCAGAGAUGGAGAAGGUGAGAGACAAUAGCAGCAGCAAUGGGGCAUCAGUCUCACAGAAACAGAGCCACUCUGUCCUCUCCCAAUUCCUAGCUAGAGCCCCUAUGGCUUGGGGUGGAAGAGGUAAAUCCCACCCCAGGUCCCUCCUCUCAGAUAGCCUCCUUGGGGCUCAACCCAUUUCUUCAGUCAGGAGACUCAGGCACAUGGGAGAGGAGGAAGUGGGAGAGGAGACUGGGAGAGGCAGGGUGGUGGCAGGAACAAAGGCAAAAGUAGGAGGCACGAGCAAGGUGGAGCCCUGCCGUGCCCACCGGGGAGAGGUGAGGAAGCCACACCAUCACGCAGCAUGUCGGGGAGCAGGUGGGUUUAAGGCUCAGGCAGGCAGGCAGGCAGGCCCCAGGCCUCAGUCGAAGCCGUGCCAGUCGCUGUGUUCCGAGUCGUACUCCAGCUCGGCGCCCACGCACUUGACACCGUCCAGCAGCAUGGGUGUACCGUGGUGCCGGUCUGCAAGGCAGCACCAGAAGUUAGUGUCCUGGCACCAAACAAAGUUUAUCACACGGGACUUCUCCCUGGCAUUAGCUGGGGAUUUAGGGGAAGACCCCGCCAGCUUCAAGAAUCUCUUGAAGCCGGUCUCAUGUCCCCCUCCUCCAGCCAGACCUGCCCUACUCUCACUCACCCAUGACCCGCGCCUGCACCAUCACACGCACACAGGUGCCUGUGUCACCCUCGCAGGCCAACAGCAUCUCCUCUUUGAGGACGCCUUCUCUGUGUGCUGAGUACUCACACUUGAUGCUGUAACCUGCUGGAGGACAGGAAUGGAUAGGCAAUCAGUACCUCCUCUAGACUGUCUCCAGGACUCACAGUCCCCUACACAGGAACUCUGGCUGAGCCUCUUCCAGAAAGAAGCCCAGAUGGUCCCUCCAGAGCCCCCACAGAGCUGGUACAGGACUUACAAAACUUCCCAUCCUUUCAACUAAGAUCAGUGUACCUCUGGCCUGAGGACCUAGCAUGGCUCUAAAGGUAGAAGACAGGGUGCAAUUCAUCCUUCUAAGAAAUGGUGCCACACAGGAAAGCAGGAAGAAGGUGAUGGAAUCAAGAAAAGGCUGGCAGAGCAGGCUCUGAGCAGAUGGAUGGUGAGAUGAAAGGGCUUUCUCUGUUCUUUGAAGGGCAAGCACUUAGGAAGUAGUAGUGGAGACAUGGAAUUGAAGGUGAGGUCAGCACUGUACCCUGAAACAUUCACUGUAGUCUCCGCCAGGCUGGGAGCGAGGAGUGGGACAGGACCAGAAGCCAGGUGGAGAAGCAGCCUAGAACCCAAGAGCUAGAACUUGUGGGUUCUGGGCAGUAGCCAAUCAAAAGCUCCUACAGCUCCUGAGAGAGAAGGCUGGAGGCUCGAAGAUGGUUCCUCAGCGCUCCUGUCUCUGGGACCUCUCCAUUAAGAGUGCCAUUAGGUGAGAAGUUGCAAACCUGAAGUCCAAAAAAUGGAGGCCUAGGGGCUAAAACUGCCAUAUUCCCACACAGGAAGCUCAAGGAGGUACCAUGCCUCUCCCUUUGGCUGAGCUGCCUUUUCACCCUAGCUAGGGAAAGGUCACUCCCACUAACAGCAGGCCCUCCUGGGUGUGGGCAGGCCUUUAGCAGCCCAGUAAGGGACCUACCUUCAGGGAUGGGUGUGACGCUGAGAAGCUUGAGGUGCAAGCUAUGGACAGGGGCCUCCCGGACAUCCUUGCUCAGCCUGCGCACUGGAGGCAGAGUGAAGGUAAUCUCAUACCUGUGCUGGAUCUUCAGGAAGCCAGCCUGCAGCAAAAGGGGGGAAGAGAGGCACUGUCACCGCUGCUUCUCCUAGGGCAUCAAGGUACACUGCCAUGCUCCUGGCGGGCCCCGGCAUCUGCUUCCCUGGGAUUCCAACUCUCCACCGUUCUACAGUCCUAGCUCUGUGGCACAGGCCUUCUAACAAUUCCCUUAAGGCCAGCACCAUCCCAUGCAUCUGUCUUAGAGGCCCCUCAGGCCUCAGUGGUCAGUUUUAUAGAUAAGGAUAUACAAGUCAGUAAGUUACUGCCUAGAGGUCACAUGGCCAACUAUAGCCCUCUUGGUCACUCCUGUCCUUUGUGGUACACAGUAAGAAACCAGCCACUGGCAGGGAGGGGCAGCCUGACGCACAGCACCUGUCCAGAUCGAGCAGCCCACUCAGGGACACUGGUGUUUUGACAGCAUGGGAUGGGAGAAAGAACUAGAGAAAUGGACACUAGGGUUUGGGGAAUGGCUCAGUGGUACACUAUGUACUCAACAUUUGUGAAACCCUGGUUGUGAUCCCAAGAACCAAACAAAACCCCACAGUAAACCAGCUGUGGGAGUCCCCAGCAGGCCACAAGCUGAAUAUUGACCACUGACCCUGCGAUCCUGUCUUCUGACACAUGGUAAUGGAUGCCUGCCUACCUGCAUACUUAAAGCUGCCAAAUGAGCGGUGACCUCUGCUCAUGGCCCAAGCAAUUUCUGUUGUCCAGACAUACUGCCAGGCAAACCAGUGCUGUCCCUCUGGGACAGAUGCCUUGGGAACUUUUUGGUGUGAAGGGUCACAAGCUGAAAUGCUGCUGUGAAGAGUGGUGUUUUGAAAGCUCUCUGAGAUGGCAGCUCACACCUUGGCAGUAAGAAGGCCAAGGCAGUAGGACUGCCACAAGUUUAAGAGCAGUCUGAGCUAUACACUGACUUUAGGCCAACCUGGCUACGCUCUCAAAACAAAGAGCUAGGGAUACAGCGCAGCUGGUAGAGUGCCUGUCUAGCAUGCAUGGCCCUGGGCUUGAUCCCAAGCACCAAAUCAAAUUGGGCAUGUGGGGCAUACCUGCAAUCCCAGCACUUUGGAGGCGGGGGCAGAGGAUCAGAAGUCCAAGGUCAUCCUUGGCUACACAGCCAGUUCAAGGAUAGCUUGGAGUACAUGAGACCCUGUCUCAAAAAACAAAACAAAAAAAAACCCCACAUUUUUAAAAAAUUUUUCAUUUAUUUAUUGGGGCUGAGGGUGUGGACUUGGCACAUGCUAUAGUACUGUGGCAGUCAGAAGACAGUUUGAAAGAGUUGGCUUCAUCCUUCCACCAAGUAGGUUCUGGGGACCACACUUAGGUAGUCAGGCUGGGAAUGUACCUUUAUUACCCACUAAGACAUGUCAACGGCUCUCAAAAAUUUUUCAGGGCUAAUGAGCUGGCACAGUAGAUAAAAGGGUGCUCACCACUGACCUGACAACCUGAAUCUGCUCCCCAGAACCCACAUAGUGGAAGGAGAGAACUGACUCUUGCAAGUUGCCCUCUGACUUCCAUAUGUAUGCUAUGGCACACCUCACUGCAAAAUAAAUAAACUUAGAAAGGCUGGGCAGUGGUGGUGCACGCCUUUCAUCCCAGCACUUGGGGGGCAGGGGCAGGCAGAUCUCUGAACCAAGGCCAGACUGAACAACAGAGCAAGUUAAAGGACAGCCAGGGCUACAGAGAGUAACCCUGUCUCAAAAUAAGUAAGUAUAAUAAUUAAGUAAAUAAAUAAUGUGAAAAGCUUACUUUAAUAAAAAGGCUUUCCAGGGGCUGCUAA